CUCUGGGAGGCUGCAGGGGGCAGGGAGAGGAGCCUGUGUGCAGGAUGCUGGGGAGCCCAGAGUUCCCCCUGCUGACCAAGGAAGGAGACGUGACCAUCGGAGGAGCUUUCUCCAUCCACAGCAAGAUCACCGAGCCCCCCCUCUCCUUCACAGACACCCCCCAGCCAAUCACCUGCUCCGGUUUGAAUCUCAGGGAGUUCCGCUUCGCCCAGACCAUGAUGUUCGCUAUUGAGGAGAUCAACAACAGCAGCUUCCUGCUGCCAAACGUCUCCCUGGGUUACCGUAUCUAUGACAGCUGUGGCUCGACGCUGUCCUCGAUGCGAGCGGCCAUGGCUCUGAUGAACGGAGGGGAGAGGACCUCUGGACGGAACUGCUCCGGCCAAUCAGCUGUCCACGCCAUCAUCGGGGCAUCUGAGUCUUCCGCCACUAUUGUGAUGUCACAAACGACCGGAGCUUUUCAGAUUCCGGUGAUCAGCCACUUUGCCACCUGUGCGUGUCUGAGCAACAGGAAACUGUACCCCUCCUUCUUCAGGACCAUCCCCAGCGACUACUACCAGAGCAGAGCCCUGGCCCAGCUGGUGAAGCACUUCGGCUGGACCUGGGUGGGCGUCGUCAACAGCAACAACGACUACGGCAAAAACGGAGCGUCCGCCUUCGUCCAAGCGGCCAAGCUGGAGGGCGUGUGCAUCGAGUUCUCCAUGGCGAUCUCCAGGACCGACCCCCAGGAUAAGAUCUCCGCGGUGGUGAGGCAGAUCCGACGGGCCGGCUCCAGGGUUCUGGUGGGGUUCCUGGCCCAGGGGGAGAUGGAAGUCCUGCUGGAGGAGGCUGUGAUGCAGAACCUGACGGGGUUGCAGUGGGUGGGCAGCGAGUCCUGGAUCACGGCUGGCCACCUGACCACCGGGGGGCGCUCCACCGUGCUCAGUGGUGCUCUGGGCUUCACCAUCCAGCGCUCCCUGAUCCCCGGGCUGAAGGACUUCCUGUUCAGGGUGGGUCCGGGCCAGGACCCCCACAGCGCCCUCCUCAGGGAGUUCUGGGAGACGACGUUUGACUGCAGCUUGGAGGCCGGCGCUCAGGCCGGGCGCUGCUCGGGCUUGGAGAACCUGGAGAACGUGAGGAACUCCUUCACUGAUGUGUCGUCUCUUAGGAUCUCUGGUACCGUGUACAAGGCACUGUACGCCGUGGCCCACGCCCUGCACGAGCAGAUCAGGGACAGCGAGGGAGGCCAGGGAGGGAGACAGCCUUCCCCACAGAGACACAGCAUCCAGCCAGGACAGGUGCUGCUUCAGAUCAGCAGGGUGAACUUCACCAUGCCUUCAGGAGAGAGAGUGUUCUUCGACCAGAACGGAGACCCAACUGCCACUUACGAGCUGGUGAAUUGGCAGAGAGACAAGCACGGAGAGACCGUGUUUGUGACUGUUGGGAACUACGAUGCGUCUCUCCCUGAAGGACGCCAGUUCACCAUGAACGGACUGGACAUGACCUGGGCUGGGGACCAGGCGGAGCGUCCGCGGUCGGUGUGCAGCGAGAGCUGCCUCCCAGGGUUCCGCCAGGCGGUGAUACGAGGCAAGCCGGCCUGCUGCUUCUCCUGCAUCCCCUGUGGAGCCGGGGAGAUCAGCAACACCACUGAUUCUGCUGACUGCACAGUGUGUCCCCUGGAGUUUUGGUCGAACAAAGACAGGACCCACUGCGUUCCCAAGGCUGUGGAGUUCCUGUCUUUUGAGGACAACAUGGGAAUCCUCCUCACCGUGUUCUCAUUGGUCGGAGCGUGUUCCACCAUCGCCGUGUCGUUGGUCUUCUUCUGGUUCCGAAACACGCCCCUUGUCAAAGCCAGCAACUCAGAGCUCAGCUUCCUGCUUCUCUUCUCCCUGACUCUGUGUUUCCUGUGUUCUCUCACCUUCAUCGGCCGGCCCUCUGAGUGGUCCUGUAUGCUGCGCCACACGGCGUUUGGGAUCACCUUUGCCCUCUGCAUGUCCUGUGUCUUGGGGAAAACCAUAGCAGUGGUCAUAGCUUUCAAGGCUACAAUGCCAGGAAAUACAGUCCUGUGCUCCCUUCCUCUCCUGAGAACAAGUGUGUUUAGUGGGACCUUCCUACAGGUUAUAGUCUGUGUGUUGUGGUUGGCUCUUGCCCCUCCUUUCCCAUACAAGAACACGGCCCACGCCAUAGAGAAGAUCAUUCUAGAAUGUGCCUUAGGUUCUGCUGUGGGCUUCUGGGCUGUGCUGGGGUAUAUAGGACUCCUGGCUCUCUUGUGCUUUGUGCUGGCUUUCCUGGCCCGAAAGCUGCCUGAUAACUUCAAUGAAGCCAAGUUCAUCACCUUCAGCAUGUUGAUAUUCUGUGCUGUCUGGAUCACCUUUAUCCCAGCUUAUGUCAGCUCUCCUGGGAAGUUCACUGUAGCUGUGGAGAUCUUUGCCAUCCUGGCCUCCAGUUUUGGUUUACUGAUGUGCAUAUUUGCUCCAAAAUGUUUUAUAAUUUUGUUAAAACCAGAAAGAAACACAAAGAAACAUAUUAUGGGAAAAAGUCAUGGGAAAAGCCAAUAA